AUGGAGAGAGUGUGUGCUGCAGUUUGCACGGCUUUUACCGUGGCUUAUUCUGGCUACUUUUUCACCCACCUGGCACGUCACAUCGCCCGUGCCUGGAGAGAAUCCAGCCCUUGGGUGAGUGGGAAAGGAGCCUUUGGCGUUGGUAGCAUUGGACAGCUGUGGAGCAAGCUAGCUCCACUUCCUCUGGCCUGGCGCCGGCACGAGCUGCAGCUGCCGGCUCUGAAGAAGCCUCCUGUCCCCAAGCUGGAAAGGACGCUGGUGAGCGAAGGAGAUCCGGAGGCUAAAUAUACAGAACUGGAAAUUAUUGGCAAAGGGGGUUUCGGCACUGUGUGCACGGCAGUGGAGACUGCCACAGGAGAAGAGGUGGCCAUAAAGAAAAUCAGUCUGUUGCAAGUGAAGAGCAACGAACUGUGCGUGAAUGAAAUCCAGGUCAUGCGGGACAAUAAGAACGCCAAUGUGGUGAGCUAUGUAGACAGCUACCUGGUGCACGAGGAACUCUGGCUCGUGAUGGAAUACAUGGACGGAGGGUCUUUGCACGAUGUCAUUAGGGAGAUCCAAAUGGCAGAAGGAGAGAUAGCAGCUGUCUCCCGCGAGUGCCUGCAAGGCCUGGAUUUCCUUCACUGCAAGCAAGUGAUCCACCGAGACAUCAAAAGCCACAACAUUCUCCUGGGCUUGGAUGGAUCUGUCAAGCUGGCUGAUUUUGGCCUCGCUGCUCAGCUCACGGCUGAGCAGAGCAAACGCAGAUCGGCUGUCGGGACUACUUACUGGAUGGCGCCUGAAAUUUUCACCAGGAAGCCCUACGGCCCCAAAGUGGACAUCUGGUCCUUUGGCAUCGUGGGGAUGGAGAUGGUGGAAGGAGCUCCUCCUUACCUGAUGGAAACCUCCCGCACGGCUCGACAGCUGAUCAGCACCGGGGGCACCCCGAAGCUGCAGAAGCCCAGGCAGCAGUUGGCUUGGUUGCGAGACUUUCUGCACUGCUGCCUGGAGACAGACGAGGACAGGCGCUGGUCUGCCCAGGAACUUCUGCAGUUCACCACAAAAGCAAACAAGUGCAACCUGCUGAUCAACGAGGUCUCUGACAGCCAGCUGCACCCUGAGAGCUCUCGCAGGAUUUUUGUUUGUCCCCACAAGUGCUUUCUGGAGCCGAUUUGA